GUGAUGCGAAACCUCGUGCAUUUCAACACUUCCUGUUUUGAUGCUUGUAUAGCAAUGAAGACUUUGGCGUAUUUCGCUGUCAUUUUAAUCGCAUUGUCAGUAGGGAAUGGAUUACAAUUUGCGUCGUAUUAUGGAGAGCAUAUGGUCCUGCAAAGAGCUCCAGAGAAAGCCGUGGUUUGGGGAUAUGGCACAACCGGGGCUUUGGUUGAGAUUUAUUUAGCAGGACCACAAAGUAAACAAGUGAAAUCUGUUCCUGUCUUCAAUGGCAUUUGGAAGGUGAUUCUUGAUCCGGUUCAGGCUGGCGGUCCAUAUAAUCUGACCGCUGUUCAGAGAGGAAGCGAGAUUGUACUCACAGACGUUCUGUUUGGAGAUGUUUGGUUAUGCGGUGGCCAGAGCAACAUGGCUUUCACAGUCAGCCAGGUUUAUAAUGCCUCAGAAGAGCUUGCCAUGGCCACUAAUUUCCCUAAUGUGAGGGUCUUCCAGGCUGCACUGGAGAUGAGCAGUGUUGAGUUGACUGACCUUGCAGGUGUGGAGGUUCCAUGGUCCCGUCCUACACCAGAGAUAAUUGGAGGAAAGGAUUUCACCCACUUCUCAGCCGUGUGUUGGUUGUUCGGCCGCUACCUUUACAAGAGCCUGAACUAUCCGAUCGGGUUGGUGGAGUCGUGUUGGGGCGGGACGCCUGUAGAAGCUUGGUCCUCUGUCAGAGCACUUCACAGCUGUGGCCUGAAGGAAUCUACCAAGAAUUCAAGUUUAUCAUCAUACACUAAUGAUCUGAGAGUGUGGAAGAGUACAGUGUUAUGGAAUUCCAUGAUCCACCCUCUGCUCAACAUGACAAUCAAAGGAGCCAUAUGGUACCAAGGUGAAGCCAACGCCCAGUACAACCAGGACAAGUACUCAUGCACUUUCCCAGCAAUGAUUGAUGACUGGAGGAUGGCAUUCCAUACAGGCUCAUGGGGCCAGACGGCACAAGAUUUUCCGUUUGGAUUUGUACAGCUGAGCACCUAUAGCAAUGACACACAUGAUGGUUUCCAAGAGAUUCGAUGGCACCAGACAGCAGACUACGGCUUCGUUCCAAAUGAGCGCAUGAAGAAAACUUUUAUGGCUGUUGCUGUGGACUUGCCAGACAAAUCUUCACCCUCUGGCAGCAUUCACCCACGGUAUAAACAGGAUGUGGCAUACAGGCUGGUGCUGGGUGCGCGUGCUGUAGCUUAUGAGGAAACAGGGGUGAACUUCCAGGGUCCUUUUCCCAGACAGGUCCUGAUUGAGAACACCACCAUAAACGUCACUUAUGACCAAAAAAUCAGAGCUACACUUUCCAGUGACAUUUUUGAGAUCUGCUGCUCAGAGGAGAAGAAACAGUGUAACUUCGAUUCCCACUGGAUUCCUGUCCCAAUGAAGAAACAGGGAAGAGAUUACGUCCUGCUAUCAAUAGCUAAGUGUCCGCUCGGCAAUGUAACUGCUUUACGUUACGCUUGGAGUGACUGGCCGUGCGCUUUUAAAGCAUGUCCCAUCUACAGCACAGACGGAAUCUUACCUGCACCACUGUUUAUUAUUAACACGUUACCAACACUGAGCUGAUGACACGCAAUAAAAUCUCUUCCUCCGCACAUACAUUAUGUGGAAGAAAUCAAAUGUUUUUAAGACGCUGCAUGAUAAACUGCUGUCAAUAUCACAGUAAUGCAUGUCUUGGUCAGUGCUGGAUAUUUUUCUGCAGAUAGUCCGUCAGGGAUUAAGAUACAGAGAGGGUUUUGAGUUCAAACUCAAGAACUGCCUGAGAGCUCAGUUUAAAUUAAUGAAUUAAUUCUGAUUUGAAAAAGCUAGUGGGUAGAAAUUGGCACGACAAGAGUACUGAGGGAAAAAGUAGCAGGUAAAAGAAAAAAACAGAAAAUAAAUUGAGACGAAAGAAACACUUUUAUUAUGUACUAAUACAAAAUAUAGCUGUGUAUAAUAGCCUACAGUAUAUUCAGAGUCAGCGAUUUCAUUCCAAAAGUAUUUAUGCUGUGAAAUUUCAGUAUUCAGAGAUGAGUUAAUAAUCAAAGCACAUUAUCAAAUCAAUCGGUUGGGUGCACUGUGCUGAUGAAGGUCAUAUAUGUGUAGCUUGUCUCCAUUAUUGCCAGAUUUCCCUUGUUUAAUGUUUAAGAUGGGGGUUUUAGCAUCUAGCAUCUAGACCACCACUGUGAAACACUGUGCAGAAGGGAGAAGGAACUUGCUUUUAUCCUCUUUACUAAAAAAUGUAAUUUAUGCUAUACAUAACUUUUCCAUUCAGCUGACAGUUUACAAACAAGUUUAUGAAGCCAUAAGCUACCAAAUCGAGGUCAUGACAUCGUAACGUAAGAAAAGUCCAAAAAUAAAUGGUUGAAUUAAAAAUACACUUCAGGUGUCUAAGCUGCUACUCCAUGAUUAUCCAGCAGGUGGGAAUAUUGUCAACACAUUAAGGCAAGGUUAUGUGUCUGAAUUUUCUAAAGGUUAUAAAAUGCAAAUAUUAAUAUUGUAAAUAUAAAAUCAUAAUUUUGUUUUAAAGAAAAUGAAUAAAUGUAUAAAUAUAAUUUAUUGCUAAAAUAUAUGUUUAUAAAAGCAAUUAAAUUUAAUCUUAUGAUUCACAAAUGCAUGACAACAAAUCAUGUUGGCUUGCUUUUCACACUGAUGAACAAAUAA